AAGCUAAUCAAGAUAAACGGGUGUUGAAUCAUACCGUGACAGCUAUUCUAGCUGUUUUGUUGGCAACUUGUUCGUGUUGCUGGGCUAGUAAUCUCAAACUCCCGUCUUCUACCCGUGAAGUAACUCCUCCUCUCUGUGUGCGUAUUGCUCAAAACAUGACAUCCAUUCACAAGAACUCUUGAAAGAAUUACUCGGAAAAUAGUUUAUUACGUACGUUAUUUAAUUUAAUUUUUUUUGUGGGAUUUACAACUUUUUGUAAGGAAAGGCUUCAUCGUGUUUGGAAUCUGUUGUAACCAACAUAUUUUUUAUGCACUUGUUUCUACCGGUGUACUAGAAACAUUCUGGUUUGCGUGUACCUGGUCUUGAAAACCAUUAAAUACUCUUAAAGGGAAGAAGCUUAAAAGACGAGCCAAGGAGUUGAGGGAAAAGCUUGUCCCCAUGUCGAGGCCAGAUAUACCCCCAGGCUAUGAGGAUAAAAAUAGUCCUUUAUACCCUCCCCACUCUGGAGGGUAUCCUCAGCCACCACCAUAUGGUAGCUUCCCAGCUUCUGGAGGAUACCCACAGCCAGGGGCGUACCCACAGCCAGGGGCGUACCCACAGCCAGGGGCGUACCCACAGCCAGGAAUGUUCCCUCAGCCAGGAAUGCAGCCCAAUCCCAACAACCCAGCUGGAAUGCCCCCCAUGAUGCCCCCCAUGAUGCCCCCCAUGAUGCCACCAACUGCCCCCCUAAACGGAGGUGGUAAUAGAACAAAUGACGGACAUGGUGAUAAUACUGAAGGAUUCACCGCAAGUAACUGGGAUGAUAGGAGUGUCCGGCAUGCUUUCAUCCGGAAGGUAUACCUCAUCCUGGCAGCACAGCUCCUUGUUACAGUGGCAUUGGUGGCAAUCUUUACAUUUUGUCAACCAGUGAAGUCAUUUGUCAUCUCAUAUCCAGCUGUGUACUGGGUGUCUUAUGGGGUUUUCUUCGUAACCUACAUGGUGUUGGCUUGCUGUGAAGGGCCAAGGAGACGUUUCCCUUGGAAUGUAAUUUUGCUAGCAGUAUUUACCCUGGCUAUGUCCUACAUGACUGGAACAAUUUCAAGUUACUAUGACACAAAGGCUGUGUUUCUGGCCCUUGGUAUAACGGCAAUUGUCUGCAUCAUUGUCACUGUCUUCUGUUUUCAGACAAAGGUGGAUUUCACAUCGUGUGGAGGCCUGUUCUCUGUCCUUGGGAUUGUUCUCUUUGUCACCGGAAUCAUCACUGCUAUCGUACUGUCAUUUAAAUAUAUUCCAUGGCUUCAUAUGUUAUUUGCAGCCCUUGCAGCUAUUAUAUUUACUCUGUUCUUGGCCUAUGACACACAGCUGGUCCUGGGCAAUAAGAAGCAUGCAAUCAGCCCCGAGGAAUAUGUUUAUGGAGCUCUCCGACUAUACACUGACAUUGUCAACAUUUUCACAAACCUACUGCAACUCAUUGGGGCAAUCAAAUAAGAUAGUCCUGACUGUGGACUACAAGAAUGAUGGUAUAUGUUAACAGCUUUGAUCAAACGUUUUUACCCUGUUAAAGUAUAUAGUAUGUGUACCAGUAUAUUACAUAAUAUAUGUGUGUGGAUAAGGUGUAUUUCAUGAUUCAUUAACAUUUAUAUCACCUCUUUCGGUAACGUUACAUUUAAAGCUUCAUCUCAAAACCCUUUUCAAGGUUAACUAAACUCAUUGUUACCUACAAAUAUGCAAAACAUUAACUUGUUUACUGGAUUUCUUUUGAUUAGCAUUGCGAGUAGAGUGCUAUAUGAUUUGUGAUAUUUUUAUGGCUUACAAUCGAUGUUUGAAUGUAAAACCAAAUGGAAUUUCUUGAUUUGAAAGCAUGCAUAAAAAAGGGUUGCAGUUUUUAAUCAAAAGAUCAAACUUUGGGGUGUUGAACUAUUCAGUUGAUUUUGUUGAAUUCGUUUAAAUCUAGUAUAUUCUAGAGUACUGCUGCCAUGUACAAACAGGCAGCAUUUAGUAUGUUUACCAUGUAUAUAUCCAGUACUUUUGCAAUAUAAUUAAACUUAACUGAUGGUAACAAUGUCACUAUGACAUUUCUGUAAGUGGAUAAAUACACUUCUGUUAUUGUACUAAGCUGAACCGAUCAUCAUAGGAUUGUCUGAUUGUUACCACCAAGUAUGUUUGUUUAUAGAAUUUCAAAGUUCUAACAUGCACAUUGUUUAUUAUAUAUCUUUUUAAAAUAUAUUCCAUACACUGUUUAAAACCUGUGUGUUGUUUAUGUAUAUUGGCCUAAUAAUAUAUUAACAUAAAGGUUAUACAUUUUUCCGAUAGCAAAGUUUAGAAAAUAUAUAUGUGGUACUAAUGAAAUCCCAAACUGUACUGCUGUGAAGAAGAAAAUGCUUACUAUGGGUUCAACGAGACAGGUUUGUACAUGUACUGUCCCUGAGCAGGCCUAAACUGAAAAAAUUAAACUGGGACCAACAGCCAUCU